GCUCGGGCGGCUGGAGGACCCGGAGCUGAGGCGCCCGAGCCCGCAGCGGCGGCGGGGACGAUGUGGUUCUUUGCCCGGGAUCCAGUCCGAGACUUCCCGUUCGAGCUCAGCCCGGAGCCCCCCGAGGGCAGCCCACCUGGGCCCUGGGUCCUGCACCGCGGUCGCAAGAAGGCCACAGGCAGCGUAGUGUCCAUCUUCGUGUAUGAUGUGAAGCCUGGGGCUGAAGAGCAGACCCAGGUGGCCAAAGCUGCCUUCAAGCGCCUCAAGACUCUUCGGCACCCCAACAUCCUAUCCUACAUUGAUGGGUUGGAGACUGAAAAGUGCCUCCAUGUGGUGACAGAGGCUGUGACCCCACUGGGAACAUACCUCAAAACAAGAGCGGAAGCUGGUGGCCCAAAGGAGCAGGAGCUGUCCUGGGGUCUACACCAGAUAGUGAAAGCCCUCAGCUUCCUGGUCAAUGACUGCAGUCUCAUCCACAAUAACGUCUGCAUGGCCGCUGUGUUCGUAGACAGAGCUGGAGAGUGGAAACUUGGGGGCCUGGACUACAUGUUCUCAGCCCAGGGCAAUGGUGGCGGACCUCCCCGCAAGGGGAUCCCUGAGCUUGAGCAGUAUGACCCCCCGGAGUUGUCUGACAGCAGUGGCAGAGCACUCAGAGAGAAGUGGUCAGCAGAUAUGUGGCGCUUGGGCUGUCUCAUCUGGGAAGUCUUCAAUGGCCCCCUACCUCGGGCAGCCGCCCUUCGCAACCCUGGGAAGAUACCCAAAUCCCUAGUGACCCAGUACUGUGAACUGGUGGGAGCCAACCCCAAAGUGCGUCCCAACCCAGCCCGCUUCCUGCAGAACUGCCGGGCCCCUGGUGGCUUCAUGAACAACCGCUUUGUGGAGACCAACCUCUUUCUGGAAGAGAUUCAGAUCAAAGAGCCAGCUGAGAAGCAGAAGUUCUUCCAAGAGCUGAGCAAGAGUCUGGACUCCUUUCCUGAAGAUUUCUGUCGGCACAAGGUGCUGCCCCAGCUGCUGACUGCCUUUGAGUUUGGCAAUGCUGGGGCCGUCGUCCUCACACCUCUCUUCAAGGUGGGCAAGUUCCUCAGUGCCGAGGAGUACCAGCAGAAGAUUAUCCCUGUGGUGGUGAAGAUGUUCUCAUCCACUGACCGCGCUAUGCGCAUCCGCCUCCUCCAGCAGAUGGAACAGUUCAUCCAAUACCUCGAUGAGCCAACAGUCAACACCCAGAUCUUCCCCCAUGUUGUACAUGGCUUCCUGGAUACCAACCCUGCCAUCCGGGAGCAGACGGUCAAGUCCAUGCUCCUCCUGGCUCCGAAGUUGAAUGAGGCCAACCUCAAUGUGGAGCUGAUGAAACAUUUUGCACGACUGCAAGCCAAGGAUGAUCAGGGUCCCAUCCGCUGCAACACCACGGUCUGCCUAGGAAAAAUUGGCUCCUACCUCAGUGCCAGUACUAGACACAGGGUCCUCACCUCCGCCUUCAGCCGGGCCACUAAGGACCCAUUUGCACCAUCCCGGGUUGCGGGUGUCCUGGGCUUUGCUGCUACGCACAACCUCUACUCGAUGAACGACUGUGCCCACAAGAUCCUGCCUGUGCUCUGUGGCCUCACUGUGGACCCUGAAAAAUCUGUGAGGGACCAGGCUUUCAGGGCCAUCCGAAGUUUCCUGUCCAAACUAGAGUCUGUGUCAGAGGAUCCUACCCAGCUUGCAGAAGUAGAGAAGGAUGUUCAUGCAGCGUCCAGUCCUGGGACAGGAGGAGCUGCAGCCAGCUGGGCAGGCUGGGCCGUGACCGGGGUGUCCUCACUCACCUCCAAGCUGAUCCGUGCACACCCCAUAGCUACACCAGCAGAGACCAAUGUGCCCCAGAGACCAGUGCCAGAGGGACAUCCUGCUCCGGCCCCUACCCCUGUCCCUGCCACUCCACUGGCCUCGAGCCAUUGGGAAACACAGGAAGAGGAAAAGGACACAGCCACAGCAGAGGACAGCACCACUGCUGACAGAUGGGAUGACGAGGACUGGGGCAGCUUGGAGCAGGAAACCGAGUCUGUUUUGGUUCAGCAGGAUGACUGGAGUGCCAGGGACCAAGGGAGCCAAGAUGAACAGGUCAGGCAAAACUCAGAUCAUAAACCAGCUGAGUCAGACUGGAGCAGCUGGGAAGCUGAAGGUUCCUGGGACCAGGGCUGGCAGGAGCCCAGCUCUCCAGAGCCACCCCCUGAAGGCACCCGGCUGGCCAGCGAAUAUAACUGGGGUGGCGCAGAGCACAGUGACAAGGGUGACCCCUUUGCUGCCUUGUCUGUACGUCCCAGUGCCCAGGUACCUAGGCCAGACUUGGACUCAUGGGGUGAAGACAACUGGGAGGGCUUGGAGCCUGAGAGCCGACAGACGAAGGCUGAGCUGGCCCGGAAAAAGCGGGAAGAGCGGCGGAGGGAAAUGGAGGCCAAACGCGCAGAGAAAAAGGCAGCCAAGGGCCCUAUGAAGCUGGGAGCCCGAAAGCUGGACUGAACCCUGGGAAUGGGCACUUCCAGCCACUGGAGAGCAGGCCCCACAGAUGUAUUUAUUGUACAAACCAUGAGAGCCCGGCAGGCCAGGCCAGGCACAUCUCCUGUACAUAAUCAGAGUCACAAUAAAUUCUAUUUCACA